CGAGCGCAAUCGGGUCCGCACGGUUUUCCACCUUUGUACUGACGCCGGGCUCCCGCGAGCCGGGCACGCGCGUCGCGGGCGAGCAGCGGGAGGAGGAGGAGCCCAGGGAGCCGGAGGACGCUGCUCGUCGGCUGGCUGGAAGUGCAAAAGUCCCCUGGGCGAUCGGCGAACGCGGUGAGAGCGGCGGCGCGAGAACAGGAUCAUCAUGGGUCCGGCGUAUCAGAGUCGUCGGAUCUUUUGAGGAAUUUUCAAUCAUUCCAUCGCGUCACGGCGACGCGUGGCGGGACUGGGAAGACACAUUUCGUCCGGUUGCCUUCUUGUUCAAUCUUCUUGUCCAGCAGAAGUCGUCCCGACCCGAGCAGGUGACAUCGGCGCCGUCAACUUUCAACAUGAUCAUGAUGAGGAGAUUCACGUGAACCGCAGAGUCCGCACCGCACGCACCGCACCGCACCGCACCGCUCCUGGUCGUGGUCCUGCCAGCACGUGCUCCGUACGUGGGAGCGACGAUGGAGCGGCGCAGUUGUAGAACGUCGCCAGUCCGCGCGACUGCUUUCCAGUAUUUCCGCGACGUGUGCAACGCGAAGGGAGACCUGCUGAUUCGCUGAACGGCGUGUGCGCGGUUCGCGGGCAGCGUUCCGUCCCGCACCGUGGACGGUCCUGCGAGGCGUGCACAGUGUGUCCUCGUGCGUGACGCGAUGGAGCGCGUUGCGCGCGCGGCUACGGGAUGAGGGCGACGGCAGAGCCGCGGAUGACAGGAAGACGCAGUAAAACACCAUGAACUGGAGUAAAGGUGGUGGUACGCAGAGAUUGAAGCCGCACUCCUGUGCAGUGGAGCGCUUUAAAGGACUUGGUGGACGGUGAAGAGUGGACUGUCUGCUGUGACAGGUCGGAUGUGAGAGCUCUGUCUGUGUCUGUGGAAACUGCCUGAGCUGCUCUAUUAGCCUGGGGGACUUGGACGUAAGAAUAAAAGAAAAUACAUUAAUCACGACAUGUGAUAACUAAAGAAAAAGAUCGUUCUGAACUUUUUGACCGUAGUCCGAACCCACGUGGACAGAGGACAGCCGUGGACUUCGCGGUCAUGGCCGCGCGUGGACUUGUUUCUACGGUCUGCCUGAGCGGGAAUCCCACGGCGAGCUGGACCUGACGAGCUCGCGAGUGUGUGUCGCUCGCGCCCGUCGACGGCGCGCGCGGGGGCACGCGGUCCUCUCUGUGGCUGCGUCCUCUGGCGGAAAAACGACACCAGGUCGUUCUGGAUAUCGACUGACUCGGAUUUCCUUUUCAUAAAAACGGACAAAAAAAUUGUACGCGACGCUUAGGUGUCCGCCCUCGGAGUGCGUGUUGACUUGACAUGAAGAACAAAGCAUCUUUUACUACCUUUUCUACUGUCAAACUGUUGCGCUGACAGCAUGAUGACACUAAACUUUAAGUAGAAGUUGCCUGUUUUCCCUGCGUCUCGUUCUUUUCUUGCUAGGUAUCAUCUAUAAAAAUGAUAUCAUGAAGCGAACAUUCGUUUAAAAGGACCAAAAGCUGUUCAGCCGGACCAAAAAAAUCGGGGUGUUUAACCGGUGGCGCGGGGACGAAUCGCCACAGAGCCUCGUGCUGAAGGCGGGAAACCCACCACAAGUGAAGUGUUUCUCCUACGGACAGCUACCAGCAUGCUAUGUUUAGGAUGAGAGCUGACCAUACGGGUUGACAGUGGACCCCUCCUCAGCCCACCUGCUUCUCCUGCCUCUCCACCCAUCAUCAUUAGUCCCCGCUGCCCACAUGCAGGCCAAGAAGAGGUACCUGCUUGUGUCUCUUGGGGCUUGUCUUCUUCUGCUCGCCUACCUGUGGGGUCUGCAGAUCGGGGAGUUCCAGCACGACCAGUACCACCAUUUCCAACACCAGCACCAAUUACGCCUGCAUCAUCACCUUGACAAAGUGUCACGGAGCCAGAGCGUCGUGAGGCCACGCUGGCCGGAGUGGACCCACCCUCUGGGAACCUACCUGGAUGGAGGUGGUGUGGAUGAAGAAGGCCCUCUGCCCCGCCACCGUGCUCACCUGUCACCCCGGGAGAGGCGCGAGAUCCGCAACCACAUCUACAAGAGCCGGAGGUGCCGCAUGGACACAUGCUUUGACUUCAGCCUCUGCCGGAACGCCUUCAAGGUCUAUGUCUACCCCUUGCCCAAGAGUGAGAGGGUCUCCGAGAGCUACCAGAAGAUCCUGACUGCCAUUGAGGAGUCACGCUUCUACACAACAGACCCCAGCGAAGCCUGCCUGUUUGUCCUGAGCACCGACACAUUGGACAGGGAUCAGCUCUCCAGCCAGUAUGUCCACAACGUCAACGCCAAAAUCCAAAGCCUCCCAUUGUGGAACGAUGGGAGGAACCAUCUUAUUUUCAACCUCUACUCAGGCACUUGGCCAGAUUACACGGAGGAGCUGGGCUUUGAUAUUGGGCAAGCUAUCUUAGCCAAAGCCAGCAUUGACGUGGACAAUUUCCGGCCUAACUUUGAUGUGUCCAUUCCUUUGUUUUCAAAAGAUCACCCCCAGAAAGGAGGUGAUAGGGGUUAUUUGACACUCAACAAUGUUCCCCCCUCACGGAAAUACCUGCUGGUGUUCAAAGGCAAGCGAUACCUGACUGGUAUUGGUUCAGAAACAAGAAAUGCUUUAUAUCAUGUUCACAAUGGGGAAGAUAUCAUUUUACUUACCACCUGCAAGCAUGGGAAGGACUGGGAAAAGCAUAAAGAUGGAAGGUGUGACAAGGACAAUGAAGAAUACUCAAAGUUCGACUACCAAGAGCUGCUCCACAACUCCACCUUCUGCCUGGUUCCCCGCGGUCGUCGCCUGGGCUCCUUCCGCUUCCUGGAGGCCCUGCAGGCGGCCUGCAUCCCCGUGCUGCUAAGCAACGGCUGGGAGUUACCCUUCUCCGAGGUCAUCGACUGGAGCAAAGCGGCCAUCAUUGGGGACGAGAGACUCCUGCUGCAGGUUCCAUCAAUUACCAGAUCGGUGGACAAUGACAAAAUAUUGGCGCUCAGACAACAAACUCAGUUCCUCUGGGAUGCUUAUUUUUCCUCCGUAGCUAAAAUAGUGCUAACUACGUUGGAGAUAAUCCAGGACCGAGUACACUCACACGUGUCCAGGAACAAGUUAAUGUGGAACGCUCAGCCCGGGGGACUCUACGUGCUGCCGCACUUCUCCUCUGACCCCGCCGCCUUUCCCUUCUACUAUGCCGCGCUGGGUAAAAGCCCGUCUCAGGAGUUCACCGCCGUCGUCCAGGCCGUGACGCCCCUGCAGUCGCAGCUGCAGCCCGUGGUGAAGCUGAUCAUCGCCGUGGCCAAGUCCAAGUUCUGUGCGCAGAUCAUCAUACUAUGGAGCUGCGACAGGCCGGUCCCUCCCCGGAGCAGGUGGCCUGCCACUUCAGUGCCUAUCACAGUCAUCGAGGGAGAGAGGAAGACAAUGAGCGAUCGCUUCUUUCCCCACGAUGCCAUCGUCACGGACGCCGUCCUUAGUUUGGAUGAGGACUCCGUCCUGUCGACCAAUGAGGUUGACUUUGCCUUCAUCGUGUGGCGCAGUUUCCCUGAUCGGAUUGUGGGCUACCCGGCACGCAGCCAUUACUGGGAGAGCGGCAAGGCACGGUGGGGCUACACCUCCAAGUGGACCAACGAGUACUCCAUGGUCCUCACCGGAGCCGCUUUCUACCACAGGUACUACCACUACCUGUUCACCCACUACCUGCCAGCCAGCCUCGUGAAUAUGGUGGACCGCAUGGCUAACUGCGAGGACAUCCUCAUGAACUUCCUGGUGUCGGCCGUCACCAAGCUGCCGCCCAUCAAGGUCACGCAGAAGAAGCAGUACAAGGAGACGAUGAUGCAACAGGGCUCCAAGACAUCCCGGUGGGCUGACCCAGACCACUUCGCGCAGAGACAGACCUGCAUGAAUGCGUUCAGCAGCUGGUUUGGCUUCAUGCCGCUGGUGCACUCCCAGGUGAGGCUGGACCCCGUGCUCUUCAAGGACCAAGUGUCCAUCCUGAGGAAGAAGUACCGAGACAUCGAGCGGCUCUGAGGCGGCGCUGGCCCCGUGAGGACGAGAAAAAAGGCUUUUUUUAGAAAAAGGAAUGAAAAAAAGAAACGCAAACAAAAGACAAACUAUGAACUCUACCAGUUGCUUCAACUGUCUCCAUCUGACUUGAGUAAUUUAUUAUGAAAUAUGCAAAGCCAGGCCAUUUUAUACUCUCUAUGGUCCUGGUCAUCUGUGGUCAUCUGGAAUCCAUCGUCCAACUCCUGGUGUCAAAGAAUUGGAAUCUGCCACUUGUUGUUGCUGAUGGUGAUAAUGAUGAUGAUGAUGAUGACUUCCAUGAGCUUUACCAUUCAAUGGAUCAUCCCGCUCGCUGUUUCCUCUCGAAGCGGACUGUCCCCGGAGGUAGCCGAGCAGAGCAACGUCCAUCUCCAAAGCGUGCACACCCCGCUCACGGAUUAAAACACCCCGCAGACAGGGGUGGAUGUGGUCAUGUGAUUCGGGAACAUGUUAACUUCAGCAUUGUACCUGUCGCUUACCAUUGUUUAC